ACAUCACGUGAUCUCCUCGCAGAGGAUGCCGGUUUACAUUUCCAGAAGCGUGCGUAUGUUUUUAGGAAAUUAGCAAUAAUUGUACGAUUUCCCUUGGUUUUUUGUUUUUAGUUCGUGAAACCUAGGACUUUAUUAUGGAUGACGAAGAGGAGACCUAUAGGUUAUGGAAAAUUAGGAAAACAAUAAUGCAGCUGUGCCAUGACCGUGGAUACCUGGUGACCCAGGAUGAAUUGGACCAGACCCUGGAUGAGUUCAAGGGCCAGUUUGGUGACAAACCCAGCGAGGGCCGGCCCCGGCGCACAGACCUCACUGUGCUGGUCGCCCACAACGACGACCCCACAGACCAGAUGUUUGUUUUCUUCCCUGAAGAACCCAAGGUGGGCAUUAAGACCAUCAAGAUGUAUUGCCAGCGAAUGCAAGAGGAGAAUAUCACACGAGCUAUUAUCGUGGUGCAGAUGGGAAUGACGCCUUCGGCAAAGCAGUCUCUAGUAGACAUGGCUCCCAAAUACAUCCUGGAACAGUUUCUCCAACAGGAGCUUCUUAUCAACAUCACAGAGCACGAGCUUGUUCCUGAGCACAUCGUGAUGACCAAAGAAGAGCUGGCCGAGCUCCUGGCGCGAUACAAACUUAAGGAGAGCCAGCUACCCAGAAUCCAAGCUGGUGACCCGGUUGCUCGAUACUUCGGACUGAAACGGGGGCAGGUAGUGAAGAUCAUCAGGCCGAGUGAGACGGCAGGACGGUAUAUCACCUAUAGGCUGGUACAGUAAAGAGACUGCUGUGGUUCGGUGGUCUGCAGGUGAGCGGAGCCGGCAUAUCUUGGCCCAUCCCCUACUGCGAAUGGUGAUUACUGGGCUGUGACCCAGAGAAAGAGAGUGGGGUCUCCCGGUCCCCAGGAAGAAGACCCCUGAAGUAUUUCUGUUAUGUUGGUUCACUGGUUUUGUGCUGGAUUUUUUUCAUAUUAAAUAAAGUUAACAGUUUUUGGCAGAA